CAUACAAAUGUGUCUGAGUUAAGAGGUGUACUAAAUACUUUAAAAAGUUGAAUAUGCACAUUUUAUAACUAUUUAUUUAAAACCAAUUAGACGGUUAUUUAUAUGUAUGUAUACUCCACUUCCGCUAUUUUUCUAGUUUUAAAUUCUCAGAUACGCUGAGGAAAAAAUAAAACACGCACGGGGGUUUGACGAAUUCAAUAAACGAUCAGAUGAUAUUAAAUUAUUAAUCAGUCCAUAGCAUGCAAGAAAAAGAAAUGAUGGUUUCCUACUACAACAGCAUGUAUCAUCAUCAGCAAACCGCUCCGAACGGACAUUUCCAGACGAACAAUCGCGUGGCGUCAUGGUAUCCUCCCGGAUACCACCAAGGAGCUCAAAUGAAUACUGCUACCGGGCCGUAUAUGGCACAGGAGGAACCGCAAAUGUGGCACCACCACGGCGCGUCGGGUCAUGCAAUGUUCCAUAACGAAUUUGCGGACUUUGUGCAUACUGGAAUACCGUCUAUUCAGCAGCCUAUUCCCGAAACGGAGAAUCAUCUACCGUCGCCUCCUAUUACCGUGAGCGGGAGUGAUAUGAGUAGUCCAGGAGGCCAAAAUGGAAAUAUAACGCCUCCUCAACAGUUAAUACAGUGUAACAUUCGACCGCCACCGGCAAGAAGUCCGUACGAGUGGAUUAAGAAAACGAGUUACCAAACACAACCUACCCCUGACGAAGGCUCGCACGGCACUGCUACUCUUAACUUGUUCAUAUAA